UUACCCAUGUAGCUAUUCUCCUCUCUGUCUUCAGGAAGGUCGUUCAGGCUCUCACAAAUUAUCGCCAAAACAUGCUCGGACAAGCCGUGCGACGAUUUGCAACCUCUGCGGUUCGCUCCAGUCAUUAUGCGGAGGGACCAGGAAAGAACCUGCCAUUCUCCGUAGAGAACAAGUGGAGGCUACUGGGCAUGAUGGUGCUGUUCUUUGGUAGUGGAUUUGCCUUCCCAUUCAUCGUUGUCAGGCAUCAGAUCCUGAAGAAAUGAAGUUCCUAACAGAUACACAUUGUCAGUGUGAAUCUUGCGCAGCACAGCUCUCAUUUUCUUCUGCCAUGGAUCCUGUAAUGUUAUUGUAAAUAAAAUGACAGAUUACGUUGCUA